UAUAUAUUUUACUUUUUAAUCAUGUCAAAAUUAUAAAUUGCAUUUUUUAUUUAUUUACAAUUACAUUGACAUUAAUUCUGAUGAAAUAGAAUAAUCAAUAAUUCUCACGCGCAAGUCACUAGGACCAAUCUGUUUAAUAUUUUUUAUUUCAGUAUGUGAAUCACCUCCAAUUUCACUACUCAAUUUUUGUGUUAUUGUAGUGACGCAUUAUUUCAUUGUUUUUGUAUAUUAAUAUAUAAUAAAAUUAAUUAUUUUUUUUUACAUAACAAAUUUGUUUAUCAUUAAAAAAUUUAUUGUAGGUAAUUUAAUAUUUUUUUCUGAACAAAAGAUCAAUCUGGAUUUAUUGGAGUCAUAAUGGAUGGUACUGGUUUGGGUUAUUCAUACCAUCUUCCUUCUGGUGGUUGGAAUUUAAGAAUACGAAAUACUUUGGCACAAUUUAGUGAUUUAUUCAGUGAGUUUAACAAGUACAUUGCACCAGCUUAUCAUCAUGACAGAUGUGAAAGAUCUGUACCAAUGAGAUUAUAUUCAAUGCAUAAGAGAGAAUUUUUUAUGGUAUUUGUUGGUUUUUUUGCUUGUUUUGGUUUAUCAGUAUUUAUUGGACUUGCUGGUCCACCAAUAACAUCAACAACUGAACAACAAGCACAUGUUAAUAAUAGUGAAAUGUCAACUGGACCAUUUAUCAUGGAAACACCAGAAUUAUCAACUUACUGUCAACAAUUAUGGGUUAUUGCUAAAUUAUCAACAUCAAAUACAGAUGAUGAGAGGUAUGACAAGACAUUUCAAGUUGCUGUAUCAAUUGAUGGAUUUAUAGGAGAAAAUAAAUUAACAUCUGUUCUUUCAACAGACUCUCAACACAAUAGAACAAGACAUUUAAAAUGUGAAAGACAAACAUGUGAAGAAUUUGUCGUUGCUCAUCUUGGUACACUUGAGUAUAGCUAUUACAUGAUAACUGUACGUUUUUAUGGCCUUGAAGGUUUUCAUCGUCGUUAUCAAAUACAGGAUUUGAGAUUUUACUUUAAAAGUUAUAAUCCAGCAUUUACACAAAUCGAAAUAUGGUUUCGACUUAUAUUUUUAUUGUCAACAUUUUUCGUAACGUGUUGGUUUGGUCAUUCACUGAGAAAAUAUCCAACACCAGAUUGGUCAAUUGAACAAAAAUGGGUCUCAAUAUUAUUGCCACUUUUAAUUCUCUACAACAAUCCUUUUUUUCCAUUGAUAUUUUUAUCAAACUCUUGGAUACCUGGUAUGUUGGAUGCAGUGAUGCAGACAACAUUUUUAUGUGCUAUUUUAAUGUUUUGGCUAUGUGUUUAUCAUGGUCUUCGUCAGAAUGAGAGAAAAUUUUCAAGAUUUUAUCUACUAAAAUUUGUGAUUAUUGGAUGUCUAUGGGGUGCAGCUUUAACACUUGCAACUUGGCUAAGAUGUACUGAGCUGGAAGAUCCAACUUAUAAUUACGUUCUUGAUACUUCCAAUUAUUAUGGAUUUAAAGUAUUUUUCUUUACGAUGGGAGGUGUCUACAUUGGGUACCUAUUGCUUUUGAUACUUCGAGCAUAUACUGAACUACGUUCUAUGCCUUAUUUUGAUAUGCGGUUAAAGUUUUUGACAUUACUUGCAAUUAUUGUUGCUGUUGUUUGUGCUUUUGUAACAUCACGACAAUUUGGUGCUGGUGUUUUGGAAGAUAGUUUUGCAUCAAGAUUAUCAACUUAUUAUAAAACAUCAGCACAAUUUAUGGCACUUUAUGGUUUAUUGAAUUUUUAUCUUUACACAAUGGCCUAUGUGUAUUCACCAAAUUUACCAAAUGUUUAUGGUCAACAUACAGCAAUUGCCAAAGAUAAUCCAGCAUUUUCAAUGAUUAAUAAUGAAUCUGAUGAAGAUGUUAUAUUUGGAUCUGAUGAUGAAAGUAGUCGGAGAUUACUUACAAGAUCAUCAAGAAAUGCUGAUGACAGUGAUUGAUGAAUAUUAAUUAAAAUGUUAAAUUUAAAUUGUUAAAAUUCAUUUUACAAUAUCAAGUAAUUGUUUAUAAGAAAAUUGACAAUAUCAAAAUGUAAAGAAUUUUUUUCUCUUUAUAAUAAAGUAAAAUGUUUUUUUAUAUAAAA